CGUGCAUUUUGCAUUGAGCCUGACCGAGAGCCGAGAGGCAGCAGCUUGUUUAUCUCAUUCAUUAGCGGUGCACUGUCAAAAUAAAAUUCGGAUGAAAUUGAUCGACAGCGAUAGACCUGUUUAUCCGCAUCCUGGUCUUCCAAUUCUCCACGUUGUCCUGGCACGAUUUUAGUGUUCAUCCGCUCGGUGCUGGCUUGGCUGCCACUAUAAAUUGCGCCGAGGAACGCCGACCUGGACUGGAAAUUGACAUUUAUUCGUCAGUAAUUAUAAGCUGUGCGUGUAAUCCGUUCUGCUCCGUUGCGUUGCUCAGCGCUGAGCACAGCCAUCGCGCAGCACACCAUCGAACCGCGGCUAAUUCCCGCCAGCCAAGUGUUUUCUCCUCCUGUCUCUGCUGAAUAAUUUAAUACGUCUCCCGGGCGGAAAAGGAAUUGCGGUGGAAGAUGGCCAGCAGCGGAAGUCGUCUGUGGAAUUUCUUCAAGUCGCGCGUGUCCCUGCCGCACGGACAGCCGGCCUCGCUGCUGCAACUGCAGAAGGACAUCCAGUGCGGCGUCCCCGAACACCCGACGGCGCUGGCCUACGACGCGCCGCUGGACUUGCUGGCCAUUGGGACGGCCUUCGGACUGGUCAAGAUUUUGGGGGCACCGGGUGUGGAGAUCGAUUACCAUCAGGAAAAAGAUACUCCCAUUAAAUUCCUCUUUUUUCUACGCACCGCGGGACGUUUGUUGGUCGUCUACGAAAAUGGCUUGUUGGAGCUGUUGGAACUGCGCACCGUCAACGAGAUCUCGGAACUGCACCUCGUUAAAGAGACCCAUUCCUCCAGACUGGAGCAUAUUUCCUGCGCUACGCUGGUUGCCGAUACCGCGUACAUCGGGACGGAGAAGGGCGCGUUGCUGUCCGUGCUGAUUCCGUCGUUGGAAGUGCAAGACGACAGCGAGCGACUGGACUAUGCCGCCGUGACCCAGAAAGAAACGCUUGUCAGCAGCGAAGGCGGGGCUGCGGUCGAGAAAGUGGAGAAGAAGACGGAGGAAGUGAAGGCUGCGGCCGUGAUUGCUCUGGCCGGGCAUCCGUUGCAGUCCAACGUGUUGGCCGUGGGGAUGGCCGGGGGACGCGUCCUCGUCUGCGACAUGGCCGCCAGAGUGCUCCUGAAUUCCUUCCAUCAUGACCAGGACGUGACGGGCUUGACAUGGAUGUCGAACGGCGCAGCGCUGUACGCGGCGUUUGGCGACGGCAGUUAUCUGAGUUGGGACACCGCGGAUAACUCGGUCCGCGGCAAACCAGUUAUCCCAUACGGGCCAUUUCCUUGCUUGCCGCUGAAGAAGAUUAUUGUCCAUUCGCACGGCGCACCCGAUGAGCCGACCUCGUGGGUCAUCUUCGAGGGAGGACUGCCGCCGCGCUUCACCCAGCACAGCAGUCUGACCAUCUCGCGCAACGACAAACAGGACGUGCUGGAGUUCCCGGCGCCCGUGGUGGAUUACAUUCUCUUACACCAACCCGGCGACGCGACGUCCGUGCCGCACACGCUGUUGGUGCUGCUGACCAACCAGCUGGUGGCCGUCGACCUGACCGCCGACAAGUUCCCCGAGAUGAGCGUGCCGUACCUCUUCAGUCUGCACGCGCCCCUCACCGCCUUCCGCUACUACAGCCAGGUGCCGGGCGCGCUCUUGAAGGACCUGGCCGACAUCUCGUCCAAGCCCUCCGAGCUGCGUCCCUUCGGCGGCUUCUCCCACAAAGUCUCGCAGCGGGAGUGGCCGAUUCGCGGUGGGCGUCGCAACGCGGACACGGACUCUUCGGGCGAUCUCCUGUUGACCGCGCAUGGUGACGGUUCCGUGCGCUUCUGGGAGGUGUCCGAGGGACGGGUGCGCUUCCUGCACCGGGUGUCGCCUCCCAGCCGCUAUUACUACUUCGACCAGGAGAACGUGGACUAUACCGAUGAUAAUUUCGACGUCUGGCCGCCGUUCCGCAAAUACGGUGUGAAUGCGGCGGACAUGUGCGACCAGCGUCUGCGCAUCGAGCACCUGGCCUUCGAUCCGUGCUCGCGCAGUUUGGCCGUCGCCGGACAAGCCGGUCGGGUCAUGCUCUACACAUUCAACGCGGCGUAUGCUGUUGUCGAUUUCCAGACAAUCGGCGUGCAGUUGGUGGGCGAGGAGUACGAUUACGUGUGGCGCGGAUGCCAGCCGCUGCCGCACCGCAACGGCAAUCUGGAAGAUUUCGCCGGAUUCCAAGGCCAGUUGAAUGUGCAGCUGUAUCCGCCGUCACAGAUCACCGCUCUCGAUCUGCACCCGCAGUGGAAACUACUGGCUGUGGGAACGGGCUACGGCUUCGCGCUGAUCGACUACACCAACAACGUCAGCGUCUUCUCGCAGUGCACACUGGACCGCGGCGAAGAGGGCGGCUUCCUCCACUCAGCCGCCAACGGGGGCAGUCUGAGUCUGCAGCAGAAGGCGCGGCUGGCCGGCGACACCCUGCGCCGUUCGCUGCGCCGCAUUCCGCGGCCCCACCUCCCGCUGCGGACACCCACCUCCCCGCUGGUGGAGAACGGGAAAACGGGCAAGUACCGCCAGGUGGAAGCGGAGGCAGCGGUAGCGGCGUCGCCUGAGUUGCUGGCCAGUCCCGUGGUGGAGGAGGAGCGCAUCAACGCACCGUCUCCCAGCGAAAUCAAACCGCCGACGCCCAUCAUUCCCACGGAAGACAUCCUCAAGGAGACCGCCGCCCGCAACAGCAUGAUCCACGUGUCCAGCAACGGCGUGGACGUGGUCAAGACGGAGACGGUGGAGGUGGUCAACGGGAUCAAGGAGACUCAUUUGGCGGAGACCACCAUCACGGUGGAGGCCGGGAAGGCGGUGGACGAGACGGAGGCCCUGCCCGCCGUCGUGGUGGAAGCGGAGAAGGCCAAGGAGGCGCAGGAGAAGGAGCGCCGCGAGCGGAUCUACGACUACGAGCGGACGACGGUGCGCAGUGUGCUGCUGGAAGAAGCGGCGCUGGACGAGGGCUGCCUGUCGCCGCCCAGCGGGAACUGUCUGUUCGUGGGACUGAACAACGGGGCCGUGUAUAUUUACGGCCUGAAUCUGGGUGCGACGCGAAGUGUCAGCGAGCCGUCGACGGGAGCGGAGGGACCGGGACAGCCGGCGUUCAGCGCGGUGAAGCUGUUGAAGGAGAUCCAUCUGCGGCACGGCGCCCCCGUCAUUAGCAUGUUCGUGGUGCCCGGGUGGGUGUGCAGCAGCCACAAGGACAAGACGGCCCACAAGCCCAGCAAGUCCAAGACCAUGCCGGUGCUGUCGGCGCUCAGCCAGACCACCGGGGAACCCGCGUCGGCAGAGAAGGGGGACGUGGUCGUCGUGCGAGCCACGGAGGAGCCGCUGCCAGUGGACGUGGCCUCGCCCGUGUCCACGGAGACGCCCAUGACGCCGCCGCCCACUCCCACGCCGCUCAGCAAGACGGCCUACGGGCGGCUUUUGGUGGUGUCCGAAGAGCAGAUGAAGUUAUUCCAAUUGCCGACGCUGAAAGCCAUCUGCAAGUACAAACUGCAGCACGGCAAGUUCACUCGCGCACAGGUUGUGCAGUUGCCGGGUCUGGGCCACAACGAAAAGGACACGCUGGAACCGAUGCUGGAGAAGCGGCUGGACUGGUUUGUGGCUGGCGUGACCAGCAAGGGCGAUCUGGAGGUGAUGUCGCUGCCGGGGUUGAAGCGGCAGUUGCGCGUCACGCUCUGCAAGAAGGAGGAUUUGGGGGCGUGCCUGAACGGCCGCGGACAGGGCGUGUACCAGUCGGGCGGCAAUCAGCUGCAGGUGUUCGCGCUGACGGCGGAGGCGGAGACAGCGACCAGUGGCGGCCGCGGCUGCGUGGUGGAUCUGCCCGUAAUUAGGGUUGAAGAAGUGGCGGAAAAGGUGGACGAGAGCAUGAAGGCGGCGGCGGAGGAGCGCGUGGGUGUGGCGGUGGAGCCGGGCGUGGAGACGGUGCAGCUGCGCGACACGCCCCCGCCUCCGACGGCGGAAGUGCCGGCGGCGACGGAGGUCAUCGUGGAGAGCGUGAUGGUGGUCAGUCCGCAUCCCGCCGAGACGACGGAGCCGGCGUCGCUGUUGGCGGAGAUUGACCAGCAGUUGGCGGCGGGCGACGGGAGCUACGACGUGACGGUGGUGACGACGACGACGGAGAUCGUCACGGAGGAGACGGGCGAGCGGCUGGUCAGCAGCGUGCUGGAGGAAGUGCAGAUGCGCCUGCAGCCGGUCACCGGGCAGGAUCUGAGUCUGGUCGGCGGCGGCGACGCGGUGGUGGUGCGCGGCGAGGAAGAGAAGCCGGAGAAGGAGGCGGAGGGGUUGGAGAAGGAGAAGAUGGAGCAGCUGACGCUCAACGACAGCAUGGACGUGCAGUUCGAUAACGACGUCAACACAGCCGAUCUCAGCUCCGACAGCAUUAUCGACCACAUGGCGAACGAGGAGCCGGCAUCCAGCGAAGAACUGCAGACGACGGCCAAGAAGCUAGGCCAGGAAUUCGCCAAAGUGUCGACGAUGGAGAACGGGAAGGCCGAGACGGACGCGGAGGUGGAGGCCACGGUGGUCUCGCACUGAACGCAGCGUCUAGUGCAGUGCUGGUGCUCCUUUUGUAAUUCGAUACUCGACAGGAUCUACUCUUUAUUUAGCUUACCGAAAUAAAUGAAAAAAUCGAAUAGUAUAGAUAGCAUAGUUUGGUGGCGGAUUGUACUGGUUUUGCGUUUCCUGUAGUAGUCCUUAACCCUAUAAAGCUGUCCCCUUUGGUCAGAUGCAGAGGCUGUGUCCCGCCCCCUUCUUGCUUUUCUCCGUGGGCGGUGACUGCGAUCCGUGCGCAGCGUGGUGGCCAACUUAUUCGGGCAGUAUUAGCGAUUAUUUUUGUGUGUUUGCCCUUUUAUAUCGUCAGUCGCAGUUUUGUAUUUUAUUUUUACAUGUCCUCUCCUGUAUUAUUGGAUGAUUGAUGACAGACGGAAUAUUCUUAUGAUGACUUGUGUUGCAACGAACGGAAUAUGUCAUAAAUAAACUGGUUUUUCGCUUC